UCCUCUUUCCACGCUCGAAAACCAGAGAGACCUUGAAGCAGAGAAGCAGAGACCCGUGAAAGAUGGGCGAGGAAGAGGCUUCAAAGCAUAACGGCCUCAUCAUAGGUAACACAGACACCAUAAGAUCAUUCCUGAGAUCAGCCUCCACAGACCCACACCUUUCUGCAGACCUCCAACUCACCGCUUCCACACUCGCCUCCCAAACAACCCUUCCCUACAAGCCCCUCCGAGCCCUUUGGUUCGCCUCCCCAUCUCAGACCCGGCCCAAGCUCUCACGCCUCCUCCAUGGAUCCCAAUUCAUCUUCACCAGCCCCAAACCCAGAGAGAAGAGUGAAGAAUUGAAACUACGGCUGAGGAAGCUUGCGGACAUGGCAGAGAGGAAUGCAUAUGAAGAGCUUGUUAAAGAUAUUACCCCAAAGAAGACUACCGAUGAACCUUUUGCUUCUUACAAGGAUCAGCUAGGGUUUGGUUUACAUGUUGUGGUUACAAUGUUUUCUGGCUAUUUGGUUGGAUAUGCUGCAUUCAGAGCAUUGUUUAGUCACAACCCUGUCAUGAAUGCUGCUGGAGGAAUCCUUGGAUUGGUUUGUGCCAUGCUUGUGGAAACCCUUCUUUUCAUGAUUAGGACUUCCAGCCACGAUUUGAGAUCCUCAUCUUCUACUUCCCGGAUGAAGAAGAAUCAAUAAAUCUGGUCUUAAGAGGUUGGUUCUUUCCUAUGCUUUUUCUUGUGAUGGUCAUAGUUUUAAAGAUGUAAUAACUUUAUUGUUCAAGUUAAUUGAUUCAAAUUAAGUAGCAAGGCCCUUGUGGCUCAUUGCCUGCAAAAGUAAAGUAAGAAAAGCUUUUUGUGAUAUAGCAUGAGAUUUAGAAAAA